AGAGAGGUGGUCUCAGUCUCAGCUAAGAGGCUAGUUUAGUCCCCCCCCCAACCCAAACCACCCCCCUUAGCAUAAGCACAUUCACAUAUGCCUUCGCACGCGUAGAGCCACCUCAUUCGUCUCGAUAGAGCGGUCGGCUUCAGAGUGGACCAGUCAGCCAGCAGGCAGCAGAGAGGCAGAGGGGGACAAAAGCAGAAGGGAGGGAGGAAUAGAAAGAAGGGGUGCAAAGCCACUAAAUAAAACACAUCACCGCAAAGAAAAGGAGGAAAAGAAAGGCAACACAUCCUGGGAGUUCAGAAAAAAAUCUCCUUCAAGAGGAUGAGAGAAUAAAAGAAAAGGAUGCUCUGAAUGCCGGAAGAAGAGGGACACAAAACACAGCAGGGACAAAAACAGGAAUUCUGGAAUGAAUGGGAGUCCUGCUUGCCUGGGAAUAGCAGACGCACGCUGAAGUCACUGAAAAGUAUGCCAAACUCCUCUUGGGAUUUUGGAUGUCGCCGUUUGAGCACUCUCGGCCGAGCUCAUCUCUGCUCUCCAAGCGGCACCAAUUAAGGCGGGCUUGAGCCGGGCAAGUUGUGACAGAAUCGGACGACACACCAAGGCGAAAGAGGAAAAGGACGACAACGGCGGAGGGAGGAGGAGGGCGCUGCGGGUGCAGCAGACACAAGGAGAGGCAGACCUACAUGGUCAAGGAGUUGCCUAAGUGACUGCAGGUGGAAGUAAAUGAGGAAGAAGACGCAUGAUGUUGCUGCUACGUAGCUCACCCAGCAAGCUCUGUGGGCUUCCCAGCUGUGCAUCACCUGUGAUGCCAUGAUCCAGUUGUGACUGUGGGUAAUGCAGAGCCAAAUAACCAAUCCUGGAGAUGCCGAAGAGAAGAGAUAUUCUUGCCAUCGUGUUGAUCGUGCUACCCUGGACUCUGCUCAUCACAGUUUGGCACCAAAGCGCGAUCGCUCCGCUCCUCGCCAUCCACAAGGCAUGUCACCACCUAGUAAAAGAGAUCUUUAUCAUUCCAGAGAGGCUUGCGGUUCGCCACCGACUCUCAGAUGACGGUGUUGAAGGCAAGAGGGAGGCGGGUGGCCAAGCGGGAGACUCCAAGGAAUACUGCGCCUCAGAUAAGGACAUCGUGGAGGUGGUGAGGACUGAGUAUGUGUACACGCGGCCGCCGCCGUGGUCUGAUGUGCUGCCCACCAUCCACAUCAUCACGCCCACGUACAGUCGACCUGUACAAAAGGCCGAGCUGACGCGGCUGGCCAACACCUUCCUCCACAUUCCCAAUCUGCACUGGAUCCUGGUGGAGGAUUCCCAAAGGAGGACGCCUCUCGUCACGCGCCUCCUCCGAGAAACGGGCCUCAACUACACCCACCUAAAUGUCGAGACGCCCAGGAACUAUAAGCUGCGCGGGGACACAAGGGACCCUAGAAUCCCCCGGGGGACCAUGCAGAGGAAUCUGGCACUCCGCUGGCUGAGGGAGACCUUCAACGUAAAUAGCACUCAAGCUGGAAUAGUCUACUUUGCUGAUGACGAUAACACUUACAGUCUGGAGCUGUUUGAGGAGAUGCGAUCAACUCAGAAAGUUUCCGUGUGGCCUGUGGCCUUUGUGGGCGGCCUGCGCUACGAGUCCCCCAAGGUCAACUCGGCCGGGAAAGUGUACGGGUGGAAGACAGUGUUCGACCCCCAUCGGCCCUUUGCCAUCGACAUGGCCGGCUUUGCCAUCAACCUGAGGCUCAUCCUCUUCAAGCCUCAGGCGUAUUUCAAGCUUCGCGGGGUGAAGGGAGGCUACCAGGAGAGUAGUUUGCUGCGGGAACUUGUCACACUCAACGACCUGGAACCCAAAGCAGCCAAUUGCACUAAGAUACUUGUUUGGCACACGAGAACAGAGAAGCCUGUCCUCGUAAACGAAGGGAAAAAUGGAUUCACAGACCCAAAUGUGGAGAUUUAACCAUGUCUCUCUCCCGGCGUUUGUCUUCGGAGUCCUGAACAAGCAUUGAUGAAGAUGGCCUUUGAGGUCCGAGAUAUGGGUGUGACAUUUUCCAAGAAACGGACAAAGCCGCGCUAAUGUAUUAUAUCAAAGCACAGAUUGAGGAGAGGUGGCUUUUAUUUAUGAGGUAUGUGAAAGAGACAUCGUCAAGGACGCUUCAGCAGACAGUGUAGGUGUCUCAUUGAUGACAACCUGCCAAAAAAGACAGCACAAUUUCAACUAAGUCAGGUUCUAGAAAAUAUAAACCUUCAUCGGAAGAAAUUGAAAACGUGAAUAAUUCAUCCACAAAGGAAGGACGAUGACAUUAUAUGGACUAUUUGUCUUUUGGAUUUUACUCCAAACAAAACACUGGAAGGGAAGGAAUGUUUUUUUGAUAACAAUGUAAUGUUUCCUUUAAUUUAAUUGAAUUCGUUUAGGUGUUGAAAAAAAACUACUGACCCAUACAUUUACAUUUACUCCUGGGUUAUCAUAAUCCAUGCAUUUUAGUCGUAAUGAACACUUGAAGGUGAUGCAGUUGGAAAUGUACAUUUAAAAAAAAAAACACAUUGCACCUUUUACUCAGCACUUAAAAUACAUUGAUGGUAUUUCUUUGUUAUAAUGUGUGUAAAUAAAAAUCCUUCAUGGGAGCAAUCGGGAAUUGGUUAAAAUGUAUGGUAAGUACUGUAUUUAUGUUUCUCCAUUGCGGAAAAUAAUAGCCCAGUCAAGGUUUUGGUCAGAGGUGCAAUUUGUGUGGAAAAAUCAAAGCGAAAAGCCCAUCUGGGUCAUUUUUAUUGACAUAAAGGAUUCCACUUCUCGAUGCCUAGCAAUGUAUAAACACACCAAAACACAAUCUCACCAGAAGCAGCAAAUUAAGGACGGACAUGUCUAAUUAAUAAAUCCAUCAACAAGUUCUGUGGAACUGUUUCAUCUUAUUUUGAGCCGAGUUAGAUGUUCAUUCACUCUGAACCGGUUUAACAAAUUGAGCAUGGCUGCGUUGUGGCACAGCUCUAGGAAUAAUUAUUCUCUUCAUUGAAACUUCCAUUUCCAAAUUGUGCAAAAAAAUAUAAGCAUCGUUAUACAUUACAAUUUGAGGAAAGCAUGUGUAAGAGUUGAGCACUUACAAAAAGUCAGGCCACAACAUUUUUCACAAGCAUUGAGAAUACUACAAUUUCCCAUUAAAACCAUUUUUAAUGGCUCUUCAUUUUCAGGAAGUCAACUAAAACCACAUUUUCCAAUCACUCCGAAUUUCAAUUAAUAAUGAUUGUGUUAAAAGCAUUUGUUAAAAGUGUGUAUAGGAGGCAAACACAAAAACAGCCCUCAAUGAUUCUUGACUAGAACACAUUUCAUACAUGGCUUCCUUAAUGUCAAUUUCAAAUGCAUAUAUUUAUCAUACGAGACAGCUGGCUAAGAAAAGCAAAAUAAUUUAGUUGAGCAUAUCUUCCGAAGUUUUGCAUUCUUAAUGAUAUCAUUUUAUGAAUAUCCAGCUGUUGUGCAUGAACACAACUAUAGACAACAGCAGGUGUAUUAAGCCUCAAUGGUCUGUGUCAGUAAUAUCCGCAUACAUUUUCAACUGGAUAAAUCAGAGCUUAUCUCAACGGCGCCGGGCAGAAACAAAUGGAGACGAUUCAAACACUGAGCCUCUGUCGCGCCGCCGAGUUAAAUCUAAAACACGUGCAUCACCCACAGCAGGAGGAUAACGCAUAAAGAUUGUUCCAGUCUAAAUAUUACAUUGGAGUAAAUCAAGAUACUGUCAUAAAAAAGGACUUACUGGCUGCUUCUGUUUACCGCAUGAUUGUGCACUGGGUCGACCAUCGGCGUCACAUUUUGCAGUUUGAUCUGCUGGUUUGUUUUAAGUUACUAUUUAUUUGUGUAUUUAUUUAAGGUACGGGUGUGCAAUAAAAUCAUAGCACUGUCUGCCCACGAUAAUAAAAGCAUGUACACAUCGUGUGGAUCAUCAAUCGAUCAUCAUAUCAACAAAUAUGUAAUCAGCAAUAGUAUAUUUAAAUGAUGUUAAAAGUUUUGGAAUCCAAUUGUGCAGUCAAUCAGCGGCUCACAAGAGAACCCACCGGCACAUAAGCAGAACAGCUUUUUCUGUUUAAUGUCACUUGAUAUGCAUUUACAGCCCUCUCAAGGCUUUCUAAGGCACAAUACUCUCCACAUAAGCCCUCCCUUGUUCCCUCAUCUUCUCAGUCAUCCUCAUGUGAAUCACACUUUAUGCAUGGGACUCUUUAAGGUUGUCCAUAUGCCUCUGCGAGUUUGUCUCAGAGGAAGGUGGUAGUUCAAGAAUCAAGAAAAAUAAACAUCAACUUGACUGACUUGA